AUACUGUGGCACUUUGAGAUUGUUUUUCAACGAAAAGCACUUUAUAAAUUCAAUGUAUUAUUAUUAUUAUUAUUAUUAUCUAGGCACUAAUGUAUACCAUAAUAAUUUGUCAUUGACCAAAACUAACACAUACUUACACAGGCUAAUUCACAGGCCGAUCACCACAAAGAGUUCAAUAAUAUAUUUAGGGCUCAAGAAGUAGGGGGCUCAAAACAGGGAGGGACAUGGAGUUUGGGGGGGAGGCUAAUCUGGGCCUGCGCAGUGCUCACGCUCCCUGGCUACAUACCAUCAGCACGACCUUCUUCAUGAGAGACCAACGUGAAACUUUUCAGUGUUCUAGAGAUUUGUUCAUCCGAGAAAGUCUGCAAGCCAGACGACGAUACCAAAUAUAAACAAUUGUAGCGACUGAACUCCAGAAGCGACUGAAGUCCAGAAAAAUAAUAUUUUGUAGCCUAAAUUUUAAGACACCAUGACUUAAACUUUUUCCGUGGAGAUAUUUCAGUAAUACUUGCAUAAAGUGUGUUGUUUGUGAGGCGGACAGUGUUUCGACACCAUGCCCUGUACCAACAAUCUCAUUUGGGAUAUUAGGAAACGAACCAUCGGUUCCAACAAAAUAAACAACUUUACAAGGAGUAACUACUUAGGAAGAAAAGAGUUUGUUCAAAGGUUGAAACUUGAAGCCACUCUUGAUGUACACGAGGGCUCUGUCAAUACGAUAUGCUGGAACGACACAGGAGAAUACAUCUUAUCUGGGUCAGAUGAUGACAAACUGGUCAUCACGAACCCAUAUAGCCGGAAAGUCAAGGCAUCCAUUACAUCAUGGCAUCGAUCCAAUAUCUUCAGUGCCAAGUUCCUGCCCCAAACCAACGACAGAAUGAUCGUGUCUGCAGCAGCCGACGGCAAGAUCUUCCUCACCAACGUAGAGAGGGGUUCCAACAUGGACCCUGUGUUGCAGUACCACUGUCAUAACGGUGCCGCCUACGAGAUAUUGACGGUACCUAGUGACCCUCAUUCUUUCCUGUCCUGUGGAGAGGAUGGAACAAUCCGGUGGUUUGAUGUCCGAGUUUCUCCUGGCUGCUGGCAAACUAACUGUAAAAAGGACAUCCUGAUUGACUGUCGGCGAGCAGUAACAUCCAUAGCCAUAUCCCCUGUGGAAUCCUUCUAUCUGGCUACUGGCUGCUCUGACAGCUCAGUCCGUAUCUAUGACAGGAGAAUGCUGGGUACCAUAGCAACAGGUUUCCAGACAGGAAGCGGGGUGGCAGGAAUGUGUGCGAGGUUUGUACCGAGGCACCUGCUCAACAAGUCAUGUCGCGUGACCUCAUUGGCCUACAGUAGGGACGGCAGGGAGGUGCUAGCCAGCUAUGCCUCAGACUAUCUCUACCUGUUUGACCCUAAAGAUGACAAGGGACGCGAGCUGAAGGGACCGUCACAGGAUAAUAAGCAGAAGGAGACUCAGCAGAAGCGUCUGCGUCUGAGAGGAGACUGGUCAGACACUGGACCCCUGUCACGGCCAGAGAGCGAGAGGGAGAGGGACGGAGAGUCCAGGCCUGGAGUGUCUCUGAUGCAGAGGAUGUCAGACAUGUUGUCACGCUGGUUUGAGGACGCCAGCGAGGCCCAGAACAACAGAGGAGCCCGUCCACAGCCACGACCCAGGGUAGACCCUGCAGCAGCUCCACAAGGUAGUGGGCUUCACCAGGAGGCUGUGGUGCUAGGGAAUCCAGCCCCGUCUCAACCAACAUCAACAGCCAGCUUCUCCUCCUCCAUGGAGAGCCCGAGGAGCCGUAGGAGUGGCAUGGGGACAGGAAGUCUCCAACCAUCUCCUGGGGAACCAGUCCUGAGUCUGACAUACAGCGACCAGGGCACCACCAGCAGCACCAUCCAACUGGACUUCUCCAGCGGUGGCGCCAGCGACCAGGGGGAACCCCCGCGGAUCAGGAGCCCAGAGCAGGUGUCCGACACCAGGCAGAUCUCAUCCCUCAGCCAGUCGGAGGUGGAGGGCGUGGGAGAGGAGCCCACACCACAGCCCCCUGGGGAAUGGAUGCAAAGAUUUAAUUUGAGAGGAUCAGAAUUAGGGGAAAGAGUACUCAGACAUGUUGUAUAUCCUUCCGAAAGGCGCUCUGCUGCUGCACGGAUCCAGGAGAUUUUUCGGCGGCGGAAAGAGAAGAAGGAGUUGGCGGAUUGCGAGACUCGCCGUAUCGGGACGCCCUCAGUAGAAAAGGUCUACAAGGGCCACCGUAAUUCCAGGACUAUGACCAAUCAGUGUUGUUUCUGGGGUGACCAGUUUGUGCUGAGCGGCUCAGACUGUGGUCAUAUCUUCAUCUGGGACAGAGAGACAGGGGAACACCUAAUGCUGCUGGAGGCAGACCAGCACGUUAUCAACUGUCUGCAGCCACACCCCUACGAACCACUGUUAGCCACAUCAGGGAUAGAUUCCAACGUCAAGAUCUGGUCACCGAUGGAGGAAUCACCAUCAUUCAACAGAGUACUCGCUGAAGAGGUGACCUUCCGUAAUGAACUGAUGCUGGAGGAGACCAGGAACACCAUCACUGUACCUGCCUCAUUCAUGCUGAGGAUGCUGGCCCAACUCAACCACUCCAUCACAGCAGAGUCUGAGGACAAUGAGGAAGACGAGUAGCCCUAUCCAUAGCUUCCACACUGGACUGUUGAAUGUGUGAAGUAGAAACUACAUAUUAUCUCAUUGGAUUCACUUUGUGGCCUUUAUAGUGGUAAUGUUACCAUAGGGACUGGAGUAUUGGACCUCAUCUAGUGUAGGUUAUAAAACACUAGAAGAGGUUGUGUUGAUUUUAUAAAUAUAGUUUAUAUUCAGAUGUAGAUCAAGGAAUGUUUUCUACCUAUUUAUAUAUGUUGUUCAGGUGUCCAGCCUCUCCGUCUGGCUGGGAGAAGUGUUCUCUAGAUGGUAUCUCCUUAUUCAGCCUCUCCGUCUGGCUGGGAGAAGUGUUCUCUAGAUGGUAUCUCGUUAUUCAGCCUCUCCUUCUGGCUGGGAGAAGUGUUCUCUAGAUGGUAUCUCCUUAUUCAGCCUCUUCGUCUGGCUGGGAGAGGUGUUCUCUAGAUGGUAUCUCCUUAUUCAGCCUCUCCGUCUGGCUGGGAGAAGUGUUCUCUAGAUGGUAUCUCCUUAUUCAGCCUCUCCGUCUGGCUGGGAGAAGUGUUCUCUAGAUGGUAUCUCCUUAUUCAGCCUCUCCGUCUGGCUGGGAGAAGUGUUCUCUAGAUGGUAUCUCCUUAUUCAGCCUCUCCGUCUGGCUGGGAGAAGUGUUCUCUAGAUGGUAUCUCCUUAUUCAGCCUCUCCGUCUGGCUGGGAGAAGUGUUCUCUAGAUGGUAUCUCGUUAUUCAGCCUCUCCGUCUGGCUGGGAGAGGUGUUCUCUAGAUGGUAUCUCCUUAUUCAGCCUCUCCGUCUGGCUGGGAGAAGUGUUCUCUAGAUGGUAUCUCCUUAUUCAGCCUCUCCGUCUGGCUGGGAGAAGUGUUCUCUAGAUGGUAUCUCGUUAUUCUCCUCUGUACUUUGUGAACCUCAGGCCUUUUUGUGACAAGUCACAUUUCAUCUUACUUUGUGGCUUUUCCUGAUACUCUGCAACGACGGCUUCAGUUCUGACUGUUGUCAAUGUGCUUGUUUACCAAAGAGAAUGUGUUUAAUUUAAGAAUUUACGAAUUUACGAAAACAAACAAAUAAAUCAAAUAUAUUUGCUUGAAAUAAAUCACCCGGUUCUUCCUUCUGAAAUGGCUAAUUGAACGUUAAUAAGGAAGCACUUUGUUACAGUAUGAAUGAAUAGGUAGUUACAGUAUGAAUGACUAGGUAGUUACAGUAUGAAUGACUAGGUAGUUACAGUAUGAAUGACUAGGUAGUUACAGUAUUAAUUACUAGGUAGUUACAGUACUAAUUACAAAGACAUGGUAAUUGCAAUGAAAAUAUUAAAUGUGAAUAAAAAUCCAGUAUCUGGAUUAGAAGCUACAUUUUUACAUUUAUGUAACCAGAAUAAAAGCAUCAGGUUGCUUCAAACUCUCAA